UCCCCUAGCCCCAAGCGCCCCGGCUGAGCGGCUUCAGGGGCGGAGCUACGGGCCUGGCCCUUCCGGGCUCUCGUAGCAAAUCGCGGGCCCGGAAGAGAGGUGCGAGUCCACAGGGUCCGAAUCUAUGCUGCCUUCGCGGCCAGCAGUGAUGACGUCAGCAGCCUCCGCCGACCCAUUUCCUUGCUGCACCAGAGCAUGAGAAUCUUAUGGAAGGCAUUUGGAUUCUCAAGAAGACUUCUGCAAGUGGAAUGGUGUCACCCCAGUGAAUCAAUAUUCUUGUUUACCCUGCUAUCGAGACUUAGGAAAGCACCUACUGUUUUUUUGUUGGGUCAAAGACAAGGAUUCUCAACCAUGCCAGAAAUAGAAGCAAGCGUGAAAGAUAGUGAAUUAUUUUCACCACCCUCUGAUGUUCGAGGAAUGAGAGAACUUGAUAGAGCAGCUUUUAAGAAGACAGUGUCCAUCCCUGUGCUUAAGGUGAGGAAAGAAGUCGUCAACAGAUUGAUGCGAGCCCUCAGGAGAGUAGCCCUGCAGCGCCCCGGCAUAAAGCGAGUGAUUGAGGAUCCCAAGGAUGAAGACAGUAGGCUGAUCAUGUUGGACCCCUACAGAAUGCUUACUGUUGAUUCCUUUGACAAAGCAGAACUCAGUGUUUUAAAAGAACUUGAUGUCAGCCCACAGCUAUCCCAGUACAACUUGGAACUAACAUAUGAAAAUUUUAAGUCAGAAGAAAUUUUGAAAGCUGUGCUUCCUGAAGGUCAAGAUGUGACCUCUGGAUUCAGCAGGGUUGGACAUAUUGCACACCUGAACCUCCGAGAUCAUCAGCUGCCGUUCAAGCAUUUAAUUGGCCAAGUUAUGGUUGACAAAAACCCAGGAAUCACCUCGGCAGUAAAUAAAACCAGCAACAUUGACAAUACUUACCGAAAUUUCCAAAUGGAAGUGCUGUGUGGAGAGGAAAAUAUGCUGACCAAGGUUCGAGAAAACAACUACACAUAUGAGUUUGAUUUCUCUAAAGUCUACUGGAACCCUCGUCUCUCUACUGAACAUGGCCGGAUCACUGAACUUCUCAACCCUGGAGAUGUCUUGUUUGAUGUUUUUGCUGGGGUUGGGCCCUUUGCCAUUCCAGCAGCAAGGAAAAACUGCACAGUGUUUGCCAAUGAUCUCAAUCCUGAGUCCCAUAAAUGGCUGUUGCACAAUUGUAAACUGAAUAAAGUUGACCAGAAAGUGAAAGUCUUUAACAUGGAUGGAAAAGACUUCAUCCUAGGGCCAGUCAGAGAAGAGUUAAUGCUUCGACUAGGACUGUCAACUGAAGCAAAACCCUCUGUCCACAUUGUCAUGAACUUGCCAGCUAAGGCCAUAGAGUUUCUCAGUGUUUUCAGAUCACUUUUGGAUGGGCAGCCUUGCAGCACGGAGCUCCUCCCCACAGUGCACUGUUACUGCUUCUCCAAAGAUAGCGAUCCUGCUAAGGAUGUUCGCCAGCAGGCGGAAGCUGUGCUGGGCAUUUCCUUGGAGACCAGUAGUUCAGUUCAUCUCGUAAGGAAUGUGGCCCCUAACAAGGAGAUGCUGUGCAUCACCUUCCAGAUUCCCGCUGCUACACUCUACAGAAACCAAGGCCUCAGUCUACAGAAUGUCCAAGAGCCACCUCUUAAACGGCAGAAGACAGAUGACCCCUUCUCAGGAGAACCACAGAUCGCAUCAGAUUCUUAGUUUGAAAUGUUUUCUCCAUCUCCCCAGUAGACUUUAUGUAAAGAAGUAUAAUGUGUAAGAUGUAAACUUUAACACUCAGAUAUUUGUUAUUGAACACUUAUGGUUUGCUCUUAUAAAUGGAACAUUACCAAAGUAAACUGAAAUAAGAUGAACUUGUAUAGUGUAUAGACUGAUUUUUGUUUCCAUCUGUUUUUCCUUUCUUUUUUUAUUUUUUGUGGCAGGAUCUGUGUAAUUCAAGGCUUGGAACUCUAUCCUCCUGCUUCAGCCUCCCAGCUGAUGGAAUUUCCAGUGUGCACUGCUGUUAUUCAGCAUAGUUUUAAAACAGAAUCAGCAUGGACCAGUCAGAUGGCUCAGUGGGUGAAGGGACUCGCUGCCAAGCCUGAUGGCCUGAGGCUGCCUAGGACCAAUGUGGAAAGGAAGGAAUCCCGAAAGUCUUCUUCUGACCUCAUGCAUGCACCGAAGUACUCAUGUAUACACAUAUAUAAAAUAAGUGAAAAUUAAUAAACUUAGAAAAUUAUGUAAG